AUGUACGGAAAGUCCGCUCUUGCCUUAGCCCUCCUAUCGGAGUUGCUUGCUGCACGCUCCAUUGGAAAUACUUUCUCCCGUCGCGGUUCUCUCAACCCUGAUCUGGAUUGCUCCAAAUUCGAUGAUGAAACUGAGUACUGUGUCUCUGGUGAGGCAAAUGAUGACGAACCUACCAAGACCACUACUACUUCCACGGCUGCUGAGGCCACGACCGCUGUGACGACCUCCAGCUCGACCAAGACUACUGAAGCUCCCUCCACAACCUCUUCGGCCAGUAACCACGAGCCCACUCAGCCUGGGCUGUCUGAGAACUGCGACAAGUUCCACAAGGUUAGCUCCGGGGAUCAGUGCGAUUCUAUCGAGACCGAGUUCAAGAUCACCCACGAUCAAUCCAUCAAAUGGAACCCUUCUAUCAACCCCGGCUGCACCAACUUGCAACUGGACUACAAUGUCUGUGUCCACGUUCCCGGCGCGGUCAACACCCAUGGCCCCACGCCGCAGAUGCCCAACCUGACCUCGGACUGCAAGAAGUACCACAAGGUGACUGAUGGUGAGAGUUGCCCUGAGGUACAGAAGGAGGCUGGCGGUAUUACUCUCGCUCAGUUCCGAAAGUGGAACCCCACUGUCGAUGCCAAGUGUAGCAACCUUUGGAACGGGUACUACGUGUGCACUGGUGUUUAA